AGUAAUCAGUUGCUUAAAUUUGUUAAAGAAUAUUCCCUUUCAUCAAUCAGAGAGUCAAAACCAUCUUAUAUCACUAAAUUAGGAUUCUACUGUCUCUGCGAUGAUUGAAGAUACUAACAUGAGGAUACCGGCACCUCAUUCUAAACUUUUGAGCGAUGCUGCCCCUUGUAGAACACCUGUAACUCCAAAAUCUUUGCUUAAAAGCUGCUUAGCGUUUUCUGUUUUCAACGAAGCUUGUUAUCAGGACCCGUUUAAGUGGGGAGGUGAUUCUAUUUCUGCGGAGCUGCCACAGCCAAGCCCAAGUACGAGAGCAAGUAAAAGAAGAAGAACCACUCGUGCCACUUUCUUUGAAGUUUCGAGUACGUCUCCUCAAGUACCCUCCAGAUCCGUGGACUCCCCAAAAGUCAGGCUUGUUAAGUUUGGUGAGAAGUCCUUGUGUUUUAUUCAGUGGAAGGAAGGCUCGCAGUACUUUAUUUACAGUGAGGUGAUCAAGGUCGUAUUUGUGGACCGAGCUAGAUCCAGUGUUAACUUAAGAGCUCGGUUGCUUGGAGCCCCUCACACCCUUGUUAAACAAACUGACUACACUCUCGCAAGGAAGCUGAAAAGUACUGGAGCUGUUAGUCAGAGAUCCUGUUCUAAUCUCAGACUGAUCGAGUUCACUGAUCUUCUCAGGUUAAUAACAUCAUUCAAGUACGCACCUAAGCUGAAGACAGGUCACAGGGAAGAUAAUAUGACUUCACUCCACAUCUCUCAAGUAGAUUCUGAGGUGAUGGAUCUGACGGACAGGGAUCUCGAACCGAUGGCGAAACUUCGCAUGUUGGCUAAGAUUAUCAACUGCAACGAGGAUUGAAGCUAGUAAAUGAAUGGACGUGGACAUAAGUGUAAGUCUUACGUGUGAUUGACUGA